GGCUUCAAUUAUAGGCGCAGAUCACUAUAAAGGUUAUUUUUACCUUUUUUAAACUGAACAUAGCAUUAAACUAUUGUUUAGUUGAAGAAUAACCUUAUAGAACAUGGCUCUGUUAAAAAAAAUUAUAAACAGACAUAUAGUCAAUGUACGGAUUGUCCCAACUGUUAGACUAACUUCCAACGAUGUCAAAAUAUCUUCAUCUGAUGACGCUCCCGUUGAAAUAGAAAAUCCGUAUACGAAAGAACGCAGACAAUGUAUCCUAUGUAAACUGAACGUAACACCAGACUAUAAAAACUAUCGCCUUCUAUCGCAAUUUCAGAGCCCUUAUACCGGUCGUAUAUACGGGAGACAUAUUACAGGUUUAUGCCGUCAGAAGCAAAUGCAAGUGGAAGCAGAAAUAACUAAAGCACAAAACUGUGCUUACCUACCUUAUUACUACAAGGAUAAGAGAUUCAUAAAAGAUCCAAAACUAUUUGAUCCGGAAAAUCCAAUCAGACCACACAGGUUUUAGAAUUAGUUACACAGUACUAGGAUUGUAAAAAAUAAAGAAUAAGUUUAGUGACCUAAA